UUCUCUCCUCCCUCUCUCUCUCUCUCUCUCUCAAUCUGCCUUUCUUUCUUUCUCUCCUCCCUCUCUCUCUCUCUCUCUCUCUCUCUCUCUCACACACACACUCUUCUCUCUCACUAUGAAUGACACAACUCCGCUCCACACCCUUGUCCCGAAUCCGUGUUGAAGGCUCCCCGUGGCCAAGUGACCAGCUGAUUUAGCGCGAGACGAGCAAGACGAACCGAGACGAGACCUCCUCUAAAGUGCGGCAGAGUUGUUCCGGUUCCGAGACACCAUGAGCUGGAGCUUCUUGACUCGCCUCUUAGAGGAAAUUCACAACCACUCGACAUUCGUGGGGAAAAUCUGGCUCACGGUCCUCGUGGUGUUUCGGAUCGUUCUCACUGCCGUGGGCGGCGAGUCCAUCUACUACGACGAGCAGAGCAAGUUUGUGUGUAACUCGGGCCAGCCAGGCUGCGAGAACGUGUGCUACGACGCCUUUGCGCCGCUCUCGCACGUCCGCUUCUGGGUAUUCCAGAUCGUUCUGGUGGCCACGCCCUCUCUGAUGUACCUUGGCUACGCCGUCAACAAGAUUGCACGCUUGGAGGAAGGCAAAGAGGGCGUCGUUGGCUCUUCGGUGAAAUUUUCCAAGAGCAGAAAGUUCUACUUGGGCAGACGUCAGAGCCGAGGUCUGGAGGAACCCGAAGAAGAUCAGGAGGAAGAUCCGAUGAUUUACGACACGACCGAAACGGAAAGCCGAAGCGACAGCACGACUCCGGGUGCGACGGGAAGCGGUGCGAAAACGCGACACGACGGCAGACAGCGAAUCCAGCGAGACGGACUGAUGAGAGUUUACGUCCUCCAGCUGGUCGCUCGGUCCGCUUUAGAAAUAUGCUUCCUGAUUGGUCAGUACACGCUCUACGGUUUCGCUGUCCCGGCUCGGUACGCGUGCUCGAGCGAACCGUGUCCUCACAUCGUGGAUUGUUUCGUUUCCCGUCCGACGGAGAAGACGAUCUUUCUGCUCAUCAUGUACGCCGUCACCAUGCUCUGCUUGCUGCUCAACGUCUGGGAGAUGCUCCAUCUCGGGCUGGGCACCAUGUUCGAUCUCCUGCUGGCCAGACAGCGGCGUUACGGCCCGGACGACGACCUCGCCGCGAGCGAGGAGAACGGACGAGGAGGAUACGGAGGGUACGCGCUGUCCUGGACGUCUCCUUCAGCGCCGCCGGGCUACAACAUCGCCGUGAAGGCGGAAACGGUGCCGUUUAAACAGAAGGAGGAGGCGACGGAGGAGGAGGCAUCACCCAGGGCGCAUCAGCAGCAGUACGGAAGCACAGAAGACAACUUCCUCCAGGUACAGAAAGCAGCGGAAAAGAACAGAAAGGCAAAGGAACAGCACGAGAAGAGAAAACGACGUGAACUUGAAAGAAACAAGCGAGACGGAAGCAGAGGGGACCGAGGGAGCAGCCGCAACAGCAGCAAGUCGGACGAGGGGAAGCCGUCUGUUUGGAUUUGAGACGCGAAACAACGAGAUCUGUUCGUGUCAGUAAACUGACGAGAUGUUUUUUGUUUUUUCCAGAACAGCCACGAGAAAGCCAUCUGUUUUACGGUUGAGGGUUUAGGUCUCGUGCUCAUCUUAGUAUCGGUAAACAAUCAACGAGAGGAACUUAACGGUUGUAUUUGAGACGUGAAGCGAUUUAGAAACACGCUACGUUUUUGCAACAGCAUGUAGCCUAUUAUUAGCAUGUAGCGAUUUGGGACACGGCAACCGGAUCAGCGAAUCAGACAACGGGAAAUUCGGAUUCGAGACGUAGCCGCGAACUAGGACGUCGUCGUUUCAUGAAUAAAAACAAACAUGUGAAAAGCAUCGAUCACUGAGACACGUAGCAGAAGUCGGUACGAUUAAACCGUCCUCCUCGUCUAAAAGCACUCGAUUGCACAAUCGCAAACUUCCUGAAUCGGAAACAGCUGGAUUUGCCACAGAGGAUUGUGGGUAAUGGCAAUAAACCUGCAUCCGCAGGCUUCGUAAACACGGCUGGCACCGGUUUCUUGUCCCUUUAGGAAAUUAAAGAAACGUGCACAAAUGAGGCAGAGUUUUUUUUUUUUUUUGUCCUUUCAGCUAAUCUGGAGUAGCGCUAACGUUAGCAUGCUGAAGGUUUCGUAAACAAGCGUUUCCCUUUUUGUCUCCGCUUCAUCGUGGAAAAUUAAAUAAACAUGCAGAGAACUUUUAUUUUUCUUUUCUCUUUGCUGUCUCAGAAGAAAAGCAGCACACACACACUGCUAGCAUCAGCUCUGUGUUAUUGGUUCUUUCCGUUGAAAUUUAAAGAAAUAUGCGGAGAGAGGAGGUGUUUUUUUUUUAUUCGUCUGUUUGUUUCUGGAUGUCGGACAUGAAAGAGAUUGAAAGUUUCCUUUGAGCUAAUCCAGAGCACAAUCACAGCAAGAUCAGAAGCAGAACUGAACCGAGACGACGGUUAGCGUCUGUUUCUCGUUGAGGUUAUUUUUGUUUGGUGCUGCUAUUACGUGCCUGAUAUUUCUUUCCUUCUUUCUUCUGUUGUUCUUGCUGUUCUUGUUGUCCAGCCCUGUUUCUCCACUCGAUCGAGUUAUAGCAUUAUUACCCAGAAUGCUUUUCUGCAGUCUGCUUUUCAAGAUGGAGGAUGAAUCAACAUAAACAGGAGCAAUAAAAUAUUUCAUAUUUA